CCCCACGGUGCCCUUGGGUGUGUAUUCAGAGUUGUCCUCCUAUCAGACAGUUCCACUCCACCCCAGACAUCACCUUGGGUGGGGGUCUGGGUGAAACUCAACCAGCCUUUUCCGUGAGGUCCUAUACCCCUGAUGAAUCCUCAUGUCUUUAAUAUUUCAUGGCCACUAUGCACCAUCUCUCUCCUGUCAUGGUGCUCACCAAGAGACUGUGCUCUCUCAUUUAUUACCCUACAGGGACUCCCGCUGCCACCUUUCCACUCUGUCACUUCUCUCAUCCUUUCUCUCUCCCUCUCAGAUGCUUUCUCUAUCUCCAUUUCUCUGUGCCUCUUUCUCUUUCCCUCUCUCUCUUUCGUUCUCUGUAUCUUAUGUCAGUUAACUCUCAGGGGUUACCUCAUCACCUUAACAUGAUGUUUAAACAAACAUAAUUGUGUUAAAUGAUGAAUGAGUAGUUUCAUACAUUUUACUUUUGUUUCCCUAAAACCCAGAAUUAUUGCAUGGUAGUAGUAAUUAAUUCCCAGAGUCUCUCAUGGAUUAUUAAUCCUAACUAGAACCCUAACUCUCAGGAGUUAUUAAUCCUAACCAGAACAAUAACUCUCAGGAGUUAUUAAUCCUAACUAGAACUCUAACUCUCAGGAGUUAUUAAUCCUAACCAGAACCCUAACUCUCAGGAGUUACUAAUCCUAACUAGAACCCUAACUGUCAGGAGUUACUAAUCCUAACCAGAACCCUAACUCUCAGGAGUUACUAAUCCUAACUAGAACCCUAACUCUCAGGAGUUAUUAAUCCUAACUAGAACCCUAACUCUCAGGAGUUACUAAUCCUAACUAGAACUCUAACUCUCAGGAGUUACUAAUCCUAACUAGAACCCUAACUCUCAGGAGUUACUAAUCCUAACUAGAACCCUAACUCUCAGGAGUUACUAAUCCUAACUAGAACCCUAACUGUUACUAAUCCUAACUAGAACCCUAACUCUCAGAAGUUAUUAAUCCUAACCAGAACCCUAAUUCUCAGGAGUUAUUAAUCCUAACCAGAACCCUAACUCUCAGGAGUUACUAAUCCUAACUAGAACCCUAACUCUCAGAAGUUAUUAAUCCUAACCAGAACCCUAACUCUCAGGAGUUAUUAAUCCUAAAUGAGUUAUUUUGAAAACUAGCAACAUAUUUUAAAAAAGAAAAACAUGGUGUUUAAAGACGGAAUGGCAAAUUAAAAUAGACUCAACUGGCUAAGUGUCCGCUGUGCAGCUGCCCACACAAAAGGUCGUCUCGGUUACGGUCGCUGACACACUACCCCUCUCACAUCAAUAAUGCACAUCUGAAACUUGCAGGCUGCCCCCGGCUCCGCACAGACGCGCGCUGCUCUCGGGUCGGUUACGAGCCCCUGGAGACAGAAGCAUGUCGAAGGGACGAUGGGUGGAACUGAAGAUCUGUCAGACCAUCAGCUGCUCCGCUCCCAUCAGCCGCAGACGCAGACCGCCGUCCCCCACUGCUGCCGCUACAGGAACGACGGUUAUGGAGGACGAGGAGCGCCAGAGAAAGCUGGAGGCCGGCAAAGCGAAGCUGGCGGAGUACAGACAGAGGAAGGCUCAGAGUGAUGAACAAAAGAAGCAGAAGAAGAAGAAGAAGAAGAAGAAGGGAUCAGAGGAGGAGCACGUGAGGGAGGCGGAGCUGGACCCGCCCACCCAACAGGAAGUGACUGGAGCGAGAAAGGAAACAGCCACCACUGAGCUCUGCUUUACGAAGACCCUCCGCAGCAGAGAAACUGUGAAACAUGACCAGACGUACACACUUGAGCCGGAGAGUGAGGUUUCCACCACAGCAGAAGACUGCUCAUCAGAGGUGAACGGGUGCCGUGAGAUAUGUGAGAGGUCACAGGAGAUCAGGGACGAGGAACUGUGUGGUCCUGCAUCUCCUCUGGACCCUGAGCUCCUGCCCGAAACUCCCAGCAGGCUGCCUGCCACAAAGGACAAGCUCACCACCCAGAGCAGGGAGGGGGAGGAGCUGAGGCCAGAGAUGGGCGACGUGUUAGGGGCUGAGGGUGUGCAACAGGACUUUGAAUCAGCCCUGAAACAGCGUGAUGGCAUCAUCACACAGCUCACCACUAAUCUGCAAGAGGCUCGGGUAGAGAAGGAUGAGGUGAUGAGAGAGUUUCUCCAGCUCACCCAGCAGAGCCAAAACCUGCAGCUCCAGUUUCAACAGCUCCAGGCCGGUGAGUCUCUGAGGAGCUCCAAUAUCAACAGUGCAGCAGCAGAUCUCCUCCAGACCCGUCAGCAGCUCGUCCACUACCAGCAGCAGCUAGAGGAGAGAGACGCACAGGUCAGAGGUCACCACGCACAGCUCAGAGACCUCCACAGGCAGAUAGAGGAGAGAGAUGCCGAGGUCAGAGGGCUUCAGGAGAAGGUCCUAAGGAUGACCUCACUUCAGCAGAAGAUAUCCAAGGUGGAGAUGGUCACGAGGGAGACAGAGGAUGCAUUUACUCAGCGGCUGCAGGACAAGGACCAGUGUAUAGCAGAGCAGGAGAGGGCGUUAUCUCAGCUCCGGGACCAUCUCCAAGCCUCGGAGCGUUGCUUCCGUGACGUUAGCGAGCAGCUGGCCGUAAAGACCCGUGAGCUACAGAGGUGUGAGGUGGAGCUUCAGGGGCGUGAGGCGGAGCUACAGGAGUCGAGGCAGAAAGAACGCCUCUCAUCUGCUGAGGUCAUGCAGCUGAUGGGCACCGUAGAGGCCAUGCAGAAACGCCACCACCAGGGAAGCCAGUCGGAGGAGGGGGCGCUUCAGAGGGCAGAGCUAGAUGCUGCUCGAAGGCUGGAGCUCUUGAGGGCGGAGCUGGACGAGUUGUAUGGGCAGCAGAUUGUUCAAAUGAAGCAGGAGCUUCUGGCCCAGCAUGCAGAGGAGAUGACACGCAUCCUGGGCCAGCAUUCCAAAAACGUGGAGAAGAUCUCAGAACACCAUCGCUUGGAGAUGGAGCGUUUGAGGGCUCGGUGGAGCCAGAGUGCAGGUGAGGUCAACGCCCUGAACGCCAAGCUAGUGGACGUCCAGCAGCGGCUGCAGGAAGCUCAGGUUCUGCGUGAGCGUGCUGAGCAGGACCGCGCACAGCUCUCCGCGCUGCAGGAGCAGAUGAAGCAGCAUGGAGGGGUGGAGCAGAACCAGGCAGAGGCGGAGCAGGGACGGACAGAGGUGGAGCGGCUGCACAUGGCCAUUGGUGACCUGCAGGCCCAGCUGGUGGCUGCGGAGCAGGUGUCCAGCGAGCUGGAGGCCAGACACGAGUCCGAGAUCACCAACUACCGGAUCAAACUGGACAUGUUGGAACGCGAGAAGGACGCGGUGCUUGACCGCAUGGCAGAGUCCCAGGAGGCAGAGCUUGAGAAACUCCGCACACAGAUGCUGUUCAGCCAUGAGGAGGAACUGUCGCGACUCCGCGAGGACCUCCAGCACAAGAGUGAGAGGAACGCGCAGAAUCUGAGGGACGAGCUUGAGCACCGGCACCGUGAGAACGUCCAGCAGCUCUGCAGAGGCUAUGAGGAGAGACUGAGGGCAGCAGAGGACCAGAGUGCCAUGCUAGGGACAGAGAGAGUCUCGCUGCUGCAAGAGAUCCUGGCUUUAAAGACAGACCUGAACUGUGCGCUGGAGAGCUCGUGGGUGAAGGAGGGCGCUUUGGUGGAGGAGGAAAAAUGCAAAGUGACGACCGAGACCGAGCAGGGCUGGGACACAAGCAUGCAGUCUGAAAACAAGCUUCUGAAAGCCUCCAACACAGCCAUGGCAGAGCAGGUGAAGCUUCUGGAAGAAGGCUGCGAAGCUCUGCCAAAGAAAGUAGAAGUUCUGCUCACAGAGAAGCAGCAGGCACAGGAGCUGACGGAGCAGCUGCAGGGUGAAGUCCAGACACAGAGAAACACAUUCUCAUUUGCUGAGAAGAACUUUGAGGUGAACUACCAGGAGCUGAAGGAGGAGUACGCGUACCUGGCAGGUCAGAAGGUGUUGCUGGAGCGCUGUCUUGAGGAACAGGGAUUGGAGUACGCAGCCAAGCGCCACAGCCUUGAAACCCAGCUCCAACAUCCACCCAGCACCUCCACACAGCAUCCAGAGGAAGUGGAGAAAGACACAGUGGAGUUAAUGGAGAAACUGCAGAGGGUUGAGAAGGAGAAGUUGGAGCUAGUGGAAAAGGUAGAACACAUGGAGGUGGAGCUACAGAGGGUAGAGCUGGAGAAGGUGGGGCUGAUGGAGCAGAAGGAGGCGGAGCUACAGAGGGUGGAGCUUGAGAAGGUGGCAUUGGUGAAACUGAUGGAACAGAAAGAGGUGGAGCUACACAGGGUGGAGCUGGAGUGGGUGGGGCACUUGGACCAGAAGGAGGCGGAGCUACACAAGUUGGAACUGGAGAAGGCAGAGCUGGUGGACCAGAUGGACUGGAAAGAGGCGGCGCUACAGAGGGUGGAGCUUGAGAAGGCGGCACUGGUGGAACUGAUGGAACAGAAAGAGGUGGAGCUACACAGGGUGGAGCUGGAGAAGGUGGGGCUCUUGGAACAGAAGGAGGUACAGAGGGUGGAGUUUGAGAAGGCGGGGCUGGAGGAAUGUGUAGCAGAGGUAACAGAAAAGACUCAGCGGAAGGAGGCGGAGCUUCAGGCACUGGGGUCAGGCAGCAAAGAGAUGGUAGAGAGGGCUAGGAGACAGCUGGAAGAUACCUCUGCCCUGCCUGUGGGUGGAGACAUGGGUGGAGACAUUAGCUUGUGCUCUGUACAGGGCCAUUACCUCCAGAUCUCAGAGCUGGAGGGAAUCGCUGCCUUGCAGGGGGAGGGUCAAAUGCCCCAGAGCCUGCUUUCGUCCAGUCAGGGGGGAGCGAAGGUGGAACCCACUGAGGGACUCCUGCCUCCACCCCUCUCCCAGGCAGAGAGUGGUGAGAUUACCACGGAGGAGGGGAGAAAGAGAGCAGUGUCUGUGCAUGAGCCCAGCGCAGCUGCAGACGUACACACACACGACGAGGAGACACUGCUGUACACUUGUCACGAGCAGGUAAACAGCCCAGAUGUGCACAAGAACUUGGAGACUGAAUCAAGGCAGAAAGUGACGUGCCUGGCCAGCAUGGACGGAUCAGAGCACGUGGAGUGCCGGUUACAGAUGGAGGCACAACGUAUCAGUCUGUGUCAGAUACACACUGCUCAGCUGGAACUGCUGCAAGAGAGCCUGCACACACACACGAACACACACCCACAUGCACAAGCGCACACACAGACGCAGGAGACACUGGAGUGGCUGCGAGUGCAAAGCACAGAUGAUCCAAAGUCCUCAAAAUAUCAGAGAUUUAUGGACGAGAUGACAGAAGACUGCAAUCACCUGAUUCAGUCCUUCUCGCGGGUGCUGGGGGUGGAGGUGGUGGAGUCUCUCCAGUGCCGUGAAGACCCUGUGGAGCCCAGGGAUCUCACUCACCAGAGACUGGAAACAUGCCACCUCAGAGAGCUCUUAGUAGAGGCCAGAGAGUUGUACAUGAGGCUGCAGCAGUUGAACCAGUGUGUAUUAUCCUCACACCGGCGCCUCAUGGAGCUGCAGACGUCACUGAAUACCAGCACAGACAAGUCAAUGCAGAGGGAAGAGGACUUUCAGAGGUUCAGCACCACCAGACCUACCCUCACCCGGAGAAAGGCAGACAUGGGCAGCCAUAUGGAGCAGGGGGUGGAGCAGAGGGCGGAGUUGUGGGCAGAACUGACUGAGGAGUUCCAGAAGCAGCAGGAGCUGAGGGAGGAGCAGCACAGGGAGGAGGUGGAGUAUGUGAGAACCUACUACAGGGAACAGGCCAGGGAGGUGGAGCAGCGCUACACCGCAGAAAUCAGCCUACUACAGGACAGGCUGCAGCAGCUCAGCAGAGUGCACACCCUCCACAGCACGUCGAGCGCUUCCCUGCCUACCCUGGAGCAGAAGGAGCAGUUUCAGACUCCGUUCCUCCAGGGUUCCCAUCAGAAGCUGUGUGAGUUGGAGCAGCACAGCUGUGACGGAGCCCUGAGCGUCACACAGGAGCAGCAGAGCCGUGAGGAGGUGAUCGCCAAGGUCAUAGUGCAGAUGGCGGUGGACUUUGCCCAGCAGUCUGAGCGGGUGCGCAUGGGCCGUAUGGCCAGGGAGAGUUCCACCGGCACGCAAACUGUGGCUGGAGCCGCCUUGCCAGCAGGGGGCAAUGUGGAGCAGCUCCUGGAGGAGCUCAGGAGGAGGCAGGAGGAGGUGCUGUUGCUCACACAGAAGCUGGAGGUGCCAGAGACCCCAUCAACGUUCCCCCGACCUGGAGUGGAGCAGGACCAACCGAGUGACAGCCACAUCACAAACAAACAGGGGGCAGAGCUUACAGGAGUGGUGAAACGGGCGGAGCAGAGUGAGAGUGCAGGGCGUCAGCACGGACCAGCCAAUAUGCAAAACAGUGGCACACAGACAGAAUGGAGAGGAGUGGAUGAGGAGGGAAACAUGAAGAAAGAGGAGGACCAUGGAGGAGAUGUGAUGUUAGAAUUGUCUUCUCCACACACAGAGUUCUCUGCUGAUGUUACAACUGAAAGGAAUUUCUUGCGGAGAGCCAAUGAGAGACUACGUCAGGUCCUGGUGGACGUGCUGAAGACCACAGCAGCUGCAGAAGAGACCAUCGGCCGACAUGUGGAGGGUGUACUGGAGGCAGACAGCAGGGGGCAGCAGCCGCAACACAGAGAUGCCUCCACUGAGAGUUACUAUGGCAGUGAAACCGUGGCAGACGAUGCCAGUGUGUGGUCUGCUGAGACAGAGACUGACCAAGGUCUGGAGAUGUCGCAGAUGAUGCCGGGGGUGGAGCUUCAGCUGGAGAGGGAGGAGCUACAGCCUGAGAGGGCUGAGCUACUGCUAGAGAAGGAGGAGUAUCUGAUGAGCAUCAGCACCAGACUGCAGAUCGCUGUGGAAAAAUUACUAGUCGUCAUUACUGGGACCACCAACCAGUUGGAGCAUGCACGGGUAACACAGACAGAGCUGAUGCGGGAGAAGUUCACACAUGGCAAGGAGAUUGCAGAGUUACUGCGCAGACAAGACGAGCUGCAGGAGAGACUGCAAGAGGAGGCAGCAAGCCGGCAACAGCUCACCCAGCAGCUACAGCAGGCCGAAGGUUUGAUUGAUGGCUACUCAGGUGAGAGGCAGGCCCUGGAGGAACAGGUACGUGAGAGGGCCCAGCUGCAGCUACAGAUGGAGCAAGAGCUACAGGUGACCAGCAGCCGCCUGCGUAAACUCGAACAGGAGCGCCAGAACUUGUACAACCAGCAGGAGUUGUUGUCACGACAACAGGAUGCCAUGAGGGACAGGGCUGGAUCUCGAGAACUGUGCCUAGUUGAGGCUGCAGGUGACCUAGCACCUGAGGCAGAUCUCCUAGAGCAGACGGAGAAGUUGAUGAAAGAGAAGGUUGAUGUGGCACGGCAGGCGGAGAAGGAGCAUGCUGAGCUCCUUCAACAGGUGAAGCAUCUGGAGGUGGAGCUGGAGGAGCAGGUGGGCCGUGUGGCUGAGCUGGAGGACGUCCACCGUGUGGAGACGGCUGACCUCACACAGCAGAUCCACGCCCUGGAGAAACAGCUGGACCACAACCGCCGCUUCUUGGAUGAGCAGGCUAUGGACAGAGAGCACGAGCGAGAUGUGUUUCAGCAGGAGAUCCAGAAACUUGAACAGCAGCUGAAGAAUCUCCCCAAACCCCAGUCCAGCAAAGAGCAACGUCACAGAGAGCUGGAGGAGCUGCGCUCCACUCUGCAGGAGAAGACAGACUGCUGCAGUGAGCUCCUGCUGCGUUCAGAGCGGCUGCAGAGCGAUGUGGAGGAGAGGAAUGAGGAGAUGGAGAGGCUGGAGUGCCGUGUGAGGGAGCUGGAGCAGGCGCUGAUCACUAGCACCGACGGCCUGCACAGGGUGCAGGAGACUACACAGUAUGCCUCUAUGGAUGGCAGGCCUGAUGUCUCACUGGAGGCCCUGCUCCAGACUGAACGAGAAGCCCUGGACAGGAAAGAGAAGGAGAUUGUUAACCUGGAGGAGCAGCUGGAACAGUUCAGAGAGGAACUGCAGAACAAGAGUGAGGAGGUGCAACAGCUGCACAUGCAACUGGAGAUCCAGAAGAAAGAGAUCUACACUCAGCAGCAGGAGUUGGUAGCCCAGAGCAACCUGCAAAUGGUGUUGGAAGAGAAGGACAGGGAAAUAGCUCUUCUUAAUGAGCAGAUCGCUAAACCUCAGCCCCGGGACACAAGCCCAGAAAACAAGGAGGUGGAGGAACUGGGUGAACUGGUGCGUGAGCUGGAGGCUCAGGUAGAGUACCUGCAUGGGGAACAGGAGCGUCUGAAACGCAACAGCGAGGAUCAGGUUGAACAGCUCAACUCUGUCAUUGAGAAACUCCAGGAGGAGCUCUCCCACAUAGAGCACAAACAGUCCACCCAAGACGAGAUGGACCAAGAUGAUGCAUGUUGCCAUGAUGAAGAGGAGUAUGAUGAACUGAAGCAAAAGAUGGAUGAGACCACAAAGGAGCUUAAAACACUCAAGGCUGAUCAUUCCUCACUCCUCUCUAAAUAUGAGAGUCUGCAGGAGGAAGUGAUGGAGAGAGAGGAAGCGAGAGAGAGGGAGGGGGUGAAGGAGAGCGAGAGGUUGCUGGUUGAGCUGGAAGAGGCUCUGAGAGACAGAACCGCAGCACUGGUAGUGGCUCAGGCCCAAGUCCAGGCACUAGAGAAGAGUGCUGCGUCCAGAGUGACUGACCUGAACCAGAGGGUGGAGGAGCUGGAGCAGUGCAUUGAAGAGAAGGAGGUGGAAUUAAAGGAAUGCAGGUGUCAGGUGGAGAAAGCUCGGGUGGAUGCAGAAACCCUCCAUCUUAAGAUCUCUCAGCUGGAGGAGAAACUCAGGGAGAAAGUGUCUGUGGUGAUGGGUCAGGCCCAGCUUGAGUCUGUUCCGGUCCAGACCAAAGAGCUCCACUCUGAGACCCUACUAGACAAAGCCAAACUUGUGGGCUCCAGUGCGGAGUUAGAGGUUGAGAACCUCAGGGUGCAGGUGAAGGAGCCCAGUGUAACUCCUCUAAAGAACAUGGGCCUCUUGACCAAGAAGCUCCGAGAACUGGAGGAGGGUCUGAGCUCCAUGCAGAAAGACCAAGAUCUCCAGAAACAGCUGCUGACCAACUCCGAACAGGAAGUGCAGGAAUAUCAGAAACGACUGGCAAUGCUCACCGAGCUGCUCAACCAAAUGACACUGAAAUCAGCAGAACAAACGGGACAUCCUGCACAGGUCACACAGGACAGAAGCAGACAGAUGGAGGGGCUUCUCCAGGAGCUGCAGGAGGUCAAAGGUCAAGCAGCAGCUAUGAAAGAGGAGCUGGACUGCUGCAAAGAGCGCAGCCAAAAACUACAGGAAGAGAUGCAGCGCAAAGAUGCAAUGAUAGACAAGUUACAGACCGACGUCCAGAAGGCCUCCAAACACGGUAGUGAAGUAGACUCCAGUGUGAUGUCAGAGCUUCUUAAGGAGCUGCAGGAGGUCAAGGAUGAAGCCGUAUGUACUCAAGAGGAGCUGGCUGACCUGAGAGAGAAAAGCCAGAGACUGCAGGAACAGAUCCAGACAUCAGGUGAGGUCGAUAGUGCUGAACUUCUUCAGGAGCUGCAGGAGGUCAGAGGUGAAGCAGCAGCUACUAAAGAGGAACUGAACAGCUACAUAGAGCGGAGCAUCAAACUACAGGAGGAGAUACAGGUUCGAGACGGGUCCAUCGCAGAGCUGAUGGAUGAAAUCCAGCAGCUGCGUGCUGCCUCAGCCCAGCCCGGUGAGGGGGCACUGGGGCCGGUGCUGCCCCACUCCCAGUCCAAGAAGAGAGCAGGGAGAGACCACCACAGCAACAGCAAAGGUGGAAGUGUUGCCAAGGACAAACCAUCGCUCUCCAGGAAGAACUCAUGCACCCAGUCAGAGACUUCGGCCCUCUGUCCCACCUCCUCAGCUAAGGGCUCUGAGGGCGUGUCUUUCAUGGAUGCGGGGACACAGGUGGAGCUGCAGGAGGAGCUGGAGGAGGUGAUUUGCAAGUAUAUGGAACGAAUCGGCCAGAUGCAGGAGCUGCAUGCAGCUGAAAUCAUGGACAUGGAGAACAGGCACAUCUCUGAGAGCGAGAACCUGAAGAGGGACAACCAGCGUCUGGAGCAGGAGUGCAGCGCACUCCGAGCAUCUGUCCACAGCCUCCGCCUCUCUGAGACUGCGAGACUCGAGCAUCCCACUGCCUCCCAGUUCAGAGAUGGCUACACUAGCGACAGCAGCUCAGACUGGAGCCAGAGGACAGGCUUUGAGUUCAGGAGCACACCUGAGGGAGCGCGGCCAGAUGACCCUGACCUGCUGCCCGACAGGGUCAAGACGCUGCUCAGAGAGGUUCAUCAAGAAGGUAUGCAGGUGCUCUCUCUGUCUGAGCUGCCUGUCCCUGAGGGGGGACAGUCUGGAGCACAGCUCCCUCUGCAGGCCUGGAGAAAAGAGAGGGAAGCCCUGCUAGACACAGUGGAGUCCCUCAAAGAGCUGCUCACCCAGCUGCAGACCUGUCACCACACCCAGACGCACACACAGGCUGCCGCUGACUGGCGUGCUGAGCUGCUCUGUGCAGUGCAGCAGGUGUUUAUGAGAGAGCGAAACGUGUUCAAGACGGCACUGAUCUCACAUGUGGAUCUACUGGACAACAGUGACGCAGUCACCCACCUUAACCAGCUACAGAGGCUGCUUAACGAUCAGGAUUUCCGCCAGCAGGAGGCGCUGUCUUCCCUUCACACUGCUGAGCGGAGCAGUCUGCUAGCAGAGAUCUCACAGCUACAAGCCCAGCUCCAACACUGGCAGCAGGACACUGAACUCAACUUGCGGCAGCACCACCCAGUGGCCACUACCGGCCUGUGUAAGACGUGGUCCUCAGCAGGACAAGAGGCAGAGCAGUUAGGGACAGGGAGAGACAUGGAUGUCCCUGUGUCUGAGUCCGACUCCGGCAGGUCUCCAGAACUGGAGCUGAAGAUUGAACUGGCUCAGACCAAACUAGAACUGGAGAUGUCACUCAAGACCCAGCAGAAACACCUGAAGGAGGUUGAUGCGCUCAGGCGUGAGGUGUCUGCCAAGGCAUUUGAGCUGGACUCACUGAGCAACCAGCUGCAGGAGGAGCAGAGGCGAGUCCGAGAGCUGCAGUGGACAGUGGAGCGGGAGGCCAGCCGAGCCGAGAGGCGACAGGAAGGAAAGAGAGAGGAGGUCGAGGACCUGAGACUGGCUCUGGAGGAGCAGCAAGAUUUUGUGGCAGAGCUGUCUGCCUCUCUGGAGAAGGAGAGAGAGGUCUUGGCUCAGCUCACAGAGGAGAGGGAUGAGCUGCAGGUGACGUCAGAGGCUCAGCAGGCCCAGAUCAGGGAGGUGAGCUCUGCUCUACAGAGAGAGAAGGAGCUCAGCACUCAGCUGCUCAGCCAGCUCCAGCACACACAGCGCCCCCUGCAGGACAGCAGCACACAGGGUGUGGAGCAGGCGGAAGCUAGCUGUGGCCAGGUGGAGGAGGGGGUUCAUUCGGUGGAGGCUCUGCUGCAGACCCUUCAGGGGCAGCUGACGCAGAAGCACUCUGCCCUGGUGGAGCUGAUGAAACAGUUGGAGCAGCAGAAGUUGCAGGCGGUGCAGACACAGCGUGCGUGGGAACAGGAGCGGGACGGCCUCUCACGUGUGGCUGCACACGACCGCAGCUCCCUGCAGGAGGCACAAGAGAGUGCCGCCCGGCUGCAGAGACGAGCCGAGGAGCUCCAGGCCCGGCUGGACGGAGAGAGGGAGCGAGGGAUGAGGCUGGAGGGAGAGAGAGACCAGCUGCAGCAGAGAGUGUCUGACCUGACUGAGGGAAUGGGAGAGGUGGAGCUUAGCAGAUACACCCAGCAGCAGCAGGCAGUUCAAUGGGAGAUGGGAAGGAAGCCGUCUAUCCGGACGCAUGACUGGGUCCUACAGCAGGAGGCUGGAGAUGCUUACAGUCGGGCUCCCAGUGCCAGGCCUUCCUCUCACACAGGCCACACCCCUGCCACGCCCACAGACACCAAAAAUCUGGACAAUGUCAUCGCUAGACUGCAGCUCAUCGCUACCAAGAUCAACAGUAUGACCAGCGACACCACCCACAGACUACCUCUGGAGGGUCCUGACAGAGAGAGUCUGACUUGGCUACAGAGCAACAUGCAGGACGUCAUGUCUUUUCUGCAGGAGGUCCCAUCAGUGCCCCCUGCUGUGUUGGAGAACGCCUCCCUGCUAGCCGGGGGCUCGUCCAGCAGCGUGCUGACCGAACGCCUCCUCAGGCAGAAUGCAGAGCUGACGGGCUUUGUGAGCCGUCUCACAGAAGAGAAGAACGAUCUCCGUAAUCAGCUGCUGAAACUGGAGGAGGAGUUGAGGAGACAGCGCCACCUAGCAGCACACAGCUUCAGCAGGUCUGGAUCGCAGGUACCGGACCGGUUCUCCAGCGAGAGGGAGGCGUGGAGCAGGGAGAGGAGCAGGCUGGAACAGUCUCUCCGUCAAGCAGAGCUGGAGCUCUCUCACCUCCGUGGAGAGGUCCGCUCCGCCACAGUCCGAGACCUCUCUGUACCUGACGCAGACAACGCUGUGCUUAAGAGGAUCUAUGGGAAGUACCUGCGUGCCGAGAGUUUCCGCAAGGCUCUGAUCUACCAGAAGAAGUACCUUAUCCUGCUGCUCGGGGGGUUUCAGGAGUGUGAAGAGGCCACACUGUCUCUGAUCACCCAUAUGGGGGGCCGACCCACACACCUGGGCCUGGAGCCCUGGGGACACCGCCACCAUGGCCUCACACGCUUCCGAUCUGCCGUGCGUGUGUCUAUUGCCAUCUCCAGGAUGCGAUUCCUUGUGCGGAGAUGGCAGAAGGCGACAGGAGGCUCCAUCAGUUCUCCUAGCAUCAACAGAAACGGUUUAACCCUGACCCCAGGGGGUGAGGGGAGGAAUGACUCACCCUACCUGCAACCAACCAGUGUGGACACAUAUGGAGAGAGACGAGGGACAAACCGAGGACGCACAGGACGAGACUCACCUCGGUCAGGACACUCCACACUGCAUAGGUAUGGUGGAGCAGUCACUGAUGGAGGAGGUCUGUUAUGUUCCCACCUGCAGAAUUAUGACCCUGACCGCGCGCUCACUGACUACAUCUCCAGACUAGAGGCUCUCCAGCGUAGACUUGGGAGUGUGCAGUCAGGCUCAUCUUCAUAUGCUCAGUUGCACUUUGGAAUAAGAAGAUAGAGAUCUUCACUGGGACUGAAAAACCUAUCAAACUACCAACCAAACUACCAUCCACCCAAACUACCAACCAUCUCUGCAUUCUGGGCUCAUGCUGUGUUGUAGUCAUACGGAGUCUGUGGGACCAAACACACCAUCUGUUCAGGCUCCACCGCCUGGAGCUUUGUGGCCUGUACAACAUUAGGAGUGCUUCUGUGUUGCAGAUGUAAAAACAUAUUCAAUCAUGCUGUAAGUGGUUAUUGUGGGAAUGCUAAUUUAAGAUGAUUAAUUUAUACUAUGUAUGUCAGGAUGAACAAUAUAAUAAAGGGUUUAUAGUAGAUUGCUACUGGAAUCACGAUAACACUGGUCCCUGUCUGAGUUGACACUGCUUGUUAUAAACAUCUAAUGAAGGACACAAAAAUGACAUUUAUAACUGUUUAUAAGCAGCAGGGUGUAUUCUGCACCAAGCCUAAAACGACAGAAUUAAUUACAACAGCUUAUAUAAAUGUCAUUUAUAGUUAUAAGGCAUUAGAGGUUUUCUAAAAAGGUGAGAGAGAGAGGGUAUUGUCACCCAGCAGAUGGGCAGUGUUACGAGACACACUACACUGUGUUUUAAUAGCCUGGUUUCAAGAACAGAACACAGAGGACAUUUGUAGAAGACAUAUUUUUGUAAAGGCAGGAGCUUUGAAUUUUAUGGGUAUUUUGUCAAAACUGAAAUAAAGAUUAAUAUAAUAUUUAAA